AUGGUCAAAGAGCUCGGGAGGUAUGGUGCCCGAGGAGUCGGCACAAUAACUUUUGGCGAUGGAGCGAACUUUGACGGCGGAGGUGGAAGUAUGGAUGUUGGCGGUGCAUUAGAAGAUGUAGGAUGGGGAAGCCGCGAUGAUGAAGACUGCGAAGCAAGCAUUGAUGCUAAUUUUGAUGGGGGCAUGAAAUUUGUGGGCGGUGGUGGGAUCCUCGACGUAUUUGGGCUCGCCCCAUUUGGGAUACUGGAAGAAACAGCUACCGUGCGGGGAAGGGGAAGUUUUGAAGGAGUUGCCACGGCCCGAACCUUGGGUGUUUUUGGCCGCGAAGAUAGUUUGAAGAUCGACUUAGCCCUACUGGAGAUGGGCGCGUCCAAUGCGGCAGAUGACACAACCGAAUUCCUGGAAGAUCCAGAUGCUAAUAUUGAAGCAGAUUGGGGAAUAGGCGGCAAUGUGUCAUCCACCGCGGUGGCGCGGGAAGGAAUUCUCGAUAAUGAGAUAGUCGGCACCGGUGGUACCGCCUCCCCAUUGCCCAUCGCACCAUCGGCUGCGAAAGACACACGUGAUGCGCCGAAUGACGUCCGAGUAGGCGACACCGGGAGCGGAGGAACCUCCGCCAAGGACGACACUGGUGGACGCUGA